AUGGAGGAAACAGCUAUAUGGGAGCAACACACAGUGACGCUUCACAGGGCUCCUGGAUUUGGAUUUGGAAUUGCAAUAUCUGGUGGAAGGGAUAAUCCUCAUUUUCAGAGCGGGGAGACCUCAAUAGUAAUAUCAGAUGUGCUAAAAGGUGGACCAGCUGAAGGCCAGCUCCAGGAAAAUGACCGAGUUGCAAUGGUUAAUGGAGUUUCAAUGGAUAAUGUUGAACAUGCUUUUGCUGUUCAACAACUAAGGAAAAGUGGGAAAAAUGCAAAAAUUACCAUUCGAAGGAAAAAGAAAAUUCAGAUACCGGUAGUUCAUCCUGAUCCUGAAGCAGUUUCUGACCAUGAAGAAGAUAGUUAUGAUGAGGAAGUGCCUGAUCCAAGAAGUGUCCGUGGUGGUCUGUCUACCAGAAGGACUGACAAGAGCUGGACAAGGGAUAGAAGCGCAAGUAGAGAGAGGAGCUUGUCUCCCCGAUCGGAUAGGCGGUCUGUGGCUUCCGGUCAGCCUGUCAAGCCCACCAAAGUCACAUUGGUGAAGUCCAGGAAAAAUGAGGAAUAUGGGCUUCGAUUGGCCAGCCAUAUAUUUGUAAAGGAAAUUUCACAAGAUAGCUUGGCCGCAAGAGAUGGCAAUAUUCAAGAAGGCGAUGUUGUAUUGAAGAUAAAUGGCACUGUGACAGAAAAUAUGUCACUCACUGAUGCAAAGACCUUGAUAGAAAGAUCUAAAGGCAAAUUGAAAAUGGUGGUUCAAAGAGAUGAACGAGCAACUCUUCUCAACGUCCCUGAUCUUUCUGACAGUAUCCACUCUGCAAAUGCAUCAGAGCGAGAUGACAUUUCAGAAAUUCAGUCACUGGCAUCAGAUCACUCUAAUCGAUCACAUGACAGGCCCCCUCGCCGCAGCCAGUCUCGAUCUCCAGACCAAAGGUCAGAGCCUUCUGAUCUCUCCAGACAUUCUCCACAGCAGCCCAGCAGUGGCAGUCUCCGGAGCAGGGAAGAAGAGCGAAUUUCUAAGACUGGACCUGUCUCAACCCCUCUAAAGCAUUCAGAUGAUCACUCACCUAAAACUGUGGAAGAAAUUAUAGUUGAAAAAAAUGAGAAACAAGUACCCACUCUUCCAGAACCAAAGCCUGUUUAUGCUCAAGUUGGACAGCCAGAUGUGGAUUUGCCUGUCAGUCCAUCUGAUGGUAUCCUGCCUAAUUCAACUCAUGAAGAUGGGAUUCUGCGGCCCAGCAUGAAAUUGGUAAAAUUCAGGAAAGGAGAAAGUGUGGGUUUGCGUCUAGCUGGUGGAAAUGAUGUUGGAAUAUUUGUGGCUGGCGUUCUAGAAGAUAGCCCUGCGGCCAAAGAAGGCUUAGAAGAAGGUGAUCAAAUUCUCAGGGUAAACAAUGUAGAUUUCACAAAUAUCAUAAGGGAAGAAGCUGUUCUUUUCCUGCUUGACCUCCCUAAAGGAGAAGAAGUGACCAUAUUGGCUCAGAAGAAGAAAGAUGUUUAUCGCCGCAUUGUUGAAUCAGAUGUAGGAGAUUCUUUCUAUAUUAGAACUCAUUUUGAAUAUGAAAAAGAAUCUCCCUACGGACUUAGUUUUAACAAAGGAGAGGUGUUCCGUGUCGUGGAUACUUUGUACAAUGGAAAACUGGGCUCUUGGCUUGCAAUUCGAAUUGGCAAAAAUCAUAAAGAGGUAGAGCGAGGCAUCAUCCCUAAUAAGAACAGAGCAGAGCAGUUAGCCAGUGUGCAGUACACACUUCCAAAAACAGCAGGAGGAGACCGGGCUGACUUCUGGAGGUUCCGAGGUCUUCGUAGCUCCAAGAGAAAUCUUCGAAAAAGUAGAGAAGAUUUGUCUGCCCAGCCAGUUCAAACAAAAUUUCCAGCUUAUGAAAGAGUUGUUCUUCGAGAAGCUGGGUUUCUCAGACCUGUAACCAUCUUUGGACCAAUAGCUGAUGUUGCUAGGGAGAAACUGGCAAGAGAAGAGCCUGAUAUUUAUCAGAUUGCAAAAAGUGAACCACGAGAUGCUGGCACUGACCAACGCAGUUCAGGCAUCAUUCGCCUCCAUACAAUAAAGCAGAUCAUUGAUCAGGACAAACAUGCUUUAUUAGAUGUUACCCCAAAUGCAGUUGAUCGUUUGAAUUAUGCGCAGUGGUAUCCAAUUGUCGUAUUCCUUAACCCUGAUUCUAAGCAGGGUGUGAAGACAAUGAGAAUGAGACUAUGUCCAGAAUCUCGGAAGAGUGCCAGGAAAUUAUAUGAACGGUCUCAUAAACUUCGUAAAAAUAAUCAUCAUCUUUUUACAACUACAAUUAAUUUAAAUUCAAUGAAUGAUGGUUGGUAUGGUGCACUAAAAGAAGCAAUUCAGCAACAACAGAACCAGCUGGUAUGGGUUUCAGAGGGAAAGGCGGAUGGUGCUACAAGUGAUGACCUUGAUUUGCAUGAUGAUCGUCUAUCCUACCUGUCAGCCCCUGGUAGUGAAUACUCAAUGUAUAGCACCGACAGUAGACACACUUCUGACUAUGAAGACACAGAUACAGAAGGCGGGGCCUACACUGAUCAAGAACUAGAUGAAACUCUUAACGAUGAGGUUGGGACUCCACCGGAGUCUGCCAUUACACGGUCCUCUGAGCCAGUAAGAGAGGACUCCUCGGGAAUGCAUCACGAAAACCAAACAUACCCUCCUUAUUCACCACAAGCGCAGCCACAGCCAAUUCAUAGAAUAGACUCCCCUGGAUUUAAAACAGCUUCUCAACAGAAAGCAGAAGCCUCAUCUCCAGCCCCUUACCUUCCGUCUGAAACAACCCCAGCAUCAUCAACCUCUGCUGUUAAUCAUAAUGUAAAUCUAACUAAUGUCCAACUAGAGGAGCCCACCCCAGCUCCUUCCACCACUUACUCACCACAAGCUGAUUAUUUAAGAACACCAAGUACUGAGACAGCUCCCCUAAUGCCCAGGGAUCCAGAGCCAUCCUUGUCGUCGCAUGUAGAGCCAGCAAAGGUCUUUAGAAAGGAUCCAUAUCCUGAAGAAAUUAUGAGGCAGAAUCAUAUUUUGAAGCAGCCACCUGUUGGUCACCCAGGGCUAAGGCCAGACAAAGAGCCUGGUCUGAGCUAUGAGACACAGCCCCUACAUGUAGCGAAACAAGCCAGCAGAGACCUUGAGCAGCCACCAUACAGAUAUGACACCGCCAGCUAUACGGACCCAUUUUCUCGCAACUAUGACCAUCGCCUGCGAUAUGAAGACCGAAUCCCUGCAUAUGAAGAACAGUGGUCAUAUUAUGAUGACAAACAGUCCUAUCAACCUCGACCUUCUUACGAUAAUCAGCAUUCUCGAGAGCUUGACUCCAGGCAGCAUCCUGAAGAGUCAUCAGAACGAGGGUAUUUCCCACAUUUUGAAGAGUCAGCUCUGUCUUAUGACAGUAGACCAUGCUAUGAACAACCACCUAGAACUUCUACCCUCCGCCAUGAAGAGCAGACAACAGUGGGGUAUGAUGUGCAUAGCAGAUACAGGCCUGAAGCACAGCCGUACCCUUCUGCAAGUCCUAAGCCUUCUGAGCCCAAGCAGUAUUUUGACCAGUACCCUCGAAGUUAUGAGCAAGUAUCACCACAGGGAUUUACCUCCAAAGCAGGCCAUUAUGAGCCUCUGCAUGGUGCUGCUAUUGUCCCACCUCUGCUACCUUCAUCCCAACAGAAGACAGAAGCUUUGCCUUUGAACACCAAACCACUGCCUCCACCCCCAACUCCGGCUGAGGAGGAAGAAGAUCCAGCAAUGAAACCACAGUCAGUGCUCACUAGAGUUAAAAUGUUUGAAAACAAAAGAUCUGCAUCAUUAGAGAACAAGAAGGAUAUAAGUGAUACAGUAAAUUUUAAGCCUCCAGAAGUACCGUCUAAACCUCCAAGUGUUCCCAUGGUUGGUCCUAAGCCCACUCCUCAGAAUCAGUUCAGUGAACAUGACAAAACACUCUACAGGGUCCCAGAACCUCAAAAACCUCAAAUGAAGCCACCUGAAGAUAUUGUUCGUUCAAAUCAUUAUGAUCCUGAGGAAGAUGAAGAAUAUUACCGGAAACAGCUCUCAUACUUUGACCGAAGAAGUUUUGAGAACAAACCUUCAGCACACCUUCCUGCUGGCCAUCUUGCAGAGUCUGCCAAGCCUAUCCACUCUCAGAGCCAAUCAAAUUUCUCUAGUUACUCUUCUAAGGGAAAGCCUACUGAAGCUGAUGCUGUGGAUAGAUCAUUUGGGGAGAAACGAUAUGACCCAGUCCAAGCCACUCCGCCGCCACCUCCACUGCCUUCCCAGUACACCCAGCCUGUCCAGCCUGCAGCCAGUGCCUCCCUGACCCUCCACACACAUUCCAAGGGAGUGCAUGGGGAAGGUAAUUCACUAUCGUUGGAUUUUCAGAAUUCUUUAGUGUCCAAACCAGACCCACCUCCAUCUCAAAAUAAGCCAGCAAUUUUCAGAGCAUCGAACAGAGAAGAUACUGUUCAGUCUACUUUGUGCCCCCCAAAAAAUUUCACAGAUAAAACUUCAGUAAAUGGAGCUGAACAGACUCAGAAAACGGUCACUCCAGCAUACAACCGGUUCACACCCAAACCUUACACUAGUUCUGCUAGACCAUUUGAACGCAAGUUUGAAAGUCCUAAAUUCAAUCACAAUCUUUUGACAAGUGAAACUGUGCACAAACCAGAUUUGUCUUCAAAAGCCCCUGCAUCUCCUAAGACUGUUCUUAAAGCACACAGUUCAGCACAAUCUCUUGGGUUUGACAGUGGAGUUGAAACCUUCUCUCUUCAUGCAGACAAGCUUAAAUACCAAACAAACAGUAUCAGCACAGUGCCUAAAGCUGUUCCAGGGAGCCCUUCAGCUGUGGAAGAGGAUGAAGACGAGGAUGGUCAUACUGUUGUCGCCACAGCCCGAGGUGUAUUUAACAACAACGGUGGAGUCUUAAGUUCCAUAGAAACUGGUGUUAGUAUAAUUAUCCCACAAGGAGCCAUUCCUGAGGGAAUUGAGCAGGAGAUCUAUUUCAAGGUCUGCCGAGACAACAGCAUCCUUCCACCAUUAGAUAAAGAGAAAGGUGAGACACUGCUUAGCCCUCUAGUGAUGUGUGGGCCCCAUGGCCUCAAGUUCCUGAAGCCGGUGGAGCUGCGCCUGCCACACUGUGAUCCUAAAACUUGGCAAAACAAGUGUCUUCCUGGAGAUCCAAAUUAUCUUGUGGGAGCAAACUGUGUUUCUGUCCUGAUUGACCAUUUUUAAUUCUUAAAAUAUAUAAACUUGAUUAAAAGAUAUGAAGUUGGGUUACAGUUACUAAAUCUAAAUGGAACCACUCUGUCAAGUAUUACACUUUUCUUAGAAUUGACCCUGCCGUAUCCUAGUGUUAAGUAUUUUAUUCAAACUGAUAAAGGUUAGUGAGCAUGCCCCUGAACUGUGUGGACCGAAAACAUGCUCCAAACUGCAUGUUUGUGAUUGAAGAGCUAUUGAUAAUUUGCUGGAGUUUGAAAUGCGCUUUGCUUUGUAAUGAUUUUGUACUUUUUUAUUGUUACUGCUAACAUCACCUAUGAUUUCCGUUAAAUUACCAGCCAGU